CUUGGAUGUAGUGGCGGUGAAACGCGCCCACUUUUUCGAGUCUAUCUGCAGUGCAAGCUCGUUCAAUUUUCAAUUUGAGUAGAUAUGUGUUCUUGUCAAAAUUGUAAAACGAAUUUAAACGAAAUGUCACCAUGUACCAAGUGCAAAUCAGAUGUUUUCAACGAACCGUGUCAUAAUAAAGAUAAUAUUCCAGAAUAUAAAAGAAAUGGACCUAAACUUAGAUGGAAUUGCAAAUAUUGCAUUAAUGAUCCCAUUGGCGGUGUAUAUGAUCCAGAGGAAACUCAAACGCCGGUAGACCUAGAAGAUAUUUUAGCAGAUAUCGAGAAACUAAAACAUAAGCUUAACAAUUUAUUAAAUGACAUGGUGCAAGUUAAAACAGAUCUCAUCGAUUUGAAAGAGACAACGACGAGUGCGCAUUCUUACAUGACGGGUGUGAAUGACAAAGUCAAAAACCUCGAGAAUAGAAUCGUAAAAUUGGAUAAAAAAUCCUGUAAUUUAUAUACUCUAAAGCAAACUAUCAGCAACUUUGAAAAUCCGAUUGACGAUAAGAAAUAUUGGGAUCGCACAACUCAGAAUAAUGUGUACGUUAAUCAGAAACAUAUGCUUUUGUAUGAUGCCCCUGAAGCAUGCAAGGACGUUUUGCCUAAAGAUCAAAACAGUUUCAUUGCUAAAGUUCAAUUAAGGCUACGAAACGCACCGAAGUUAAUACUUUCUAGAUUUUCGACAGAUCAAAACAAGAAAUCGUCAUUGCUGCGGUGCGAAGUUUAAAGUAAAAUAAGAUAAUAUUCUCAGACAAAGUAACAGAGUUAUUUGUCUGUACUUUUUGAUGUAAAAUAUCUAUUACUAGAGGCUGAAAUGGGAGCUGUUGUUGAAUGGCGAUACUAAUUGGCCAAUAUCUACGAGCUACAUUGUGCAAACAAGAGAAGCUAUGUUUCCUAUUGAUAAUAUUAUUAUUGUAUUUGUGCCUUUUUCAAUCAAAGAAAUAUGUUAGAUGUAUAAUUAAUAACCAUAAUAAUGCAAUGUGUAGCGAGCAUACAAAUGUUUGCAUAACCUUAUAGACAGUACGUACCUAACAGUACUACUCUAGACGCACGAGCACGUCAAAUGCCCUUGGUAAUGUAUCGAUUGCUGUGCAAGUACCUACGUGCAACGAAAAUUCACGUGUUUAAGUGAUGAUUAGUUUUCUGUUUGUAGAUUAUUAUGUUACUAGAUAGUUAAGGUACUUUUAAUAGACAAAAAACAUUUUAAUUUUAAUUUAAGUUUAGCUCUUGUGACAAAUAAAUACCACUGAUUUAUUUUUUAUAUUACUGUGCAAGCCCAAAAAUUCAAUAAACACUUAUUUU